AUGGAGAAGCACCUAGGAACUAUUCACAAAAAGGCAACAAAUUUGCCUCUUGGAGAAGAGGCCAACGUGGUGCAUGGCCAUGCACACGUCGAACAGUCAAUAGAAAGGAAGGAAGCCACGAGUGAAAGAGCAGGGGAAGCAGGAACUAAAAUCACAAAGAAAACUGUUGGUGAUACAGAUAAACAAAAUGAAAGGAACAGGAAGAGCCAUGGAAUGAAUGACAAUAGUGGAAAGAAGAGUAACUUGAAAACUGGCGGUUUUGACCGACCCAACCCCAAGGAGAGAAUUCGGGAUAACACAAUGGAGGUGGAGGUGGAGGUGGAUGGGAACCAGGAGAAGAAAGACACAAGACAAGCGAGUGGUGGUACAUUAACCAAGGAAGCACCGCAUAAAUCUACCUCUGCUGGUGCUCAGAAUGAUAAGAAUGGGAAUAGCAAAGCCAUACCAGCCAUGCAGGGCCUGAAUAAGAAUGGUGCGGGGAACCGAUCCCCUUUGGGUAAUAAAUGA